AGCAGGGGAGGUUUCCUCAACUACGUAGUCGCCGCCCUCGCGCCAGCCCCGCCCCUUGCUCUCGGGAACGCGCCCAGCUGCUGUCCUUACUCCUCAGCUGCUUACUCCUUCACGACGCUGCCUGACAGGAGGCGACAUGGCCCCACGCAAGAGCCCCAAAAGCGGGAGUCCCGCGCCUGGAGCCCGGAGAGAGACAAAACAUGGAAACAAGAAUGGCAAGAAAGAGGGUGUUUCUGGAAGUUCAUUUUUUACAUGGUUUAUGGUAAUUGCACUGCUGGGAGUAUGGACAUCAGUUGCAGUGGUCUGGUUUGAACUUGUAGAUUACGAGGAAGUCCUAGCCAAAGCAAAGGACUUCCGUUAUAACUUGUCAGAGGUACUCCAAGGAAAGCUUGGGAUCUAUGAUGCUGAUGGGGAUGGUGAUUUUGAUGUGGAAGAUGCCAAGGUUUUACUAGGACUCAAAGAAAGAUCUGUCCUUGAACAGCCAACACCAAGAGUUGCUGAAGAGGUGAUACAGCGGCCUGCAGAGCAGCCACACAUUCUAGCAGAACACAAGAGUGCUGAAGCAGAACCUGAAGAUGAAAUCCAAUUUCUGUUACGUGAAGCUCUCAACUCGCAACUUGGAGAAACAGAUGAAGAGCAUGAGCAUGAAAGAACUCAAUUUCAGCAGGACGAGCAUAAUGACAUACCAGAAGAUGCUGUUGAAGUUCCUGUGGUAGAGGAGGACUAUGAUAGAGAAUUAGAAGAUAAAAUGCCAGAUAUAUUAGCAACACCAGUAUCCUUUCAGGAAGAGCCUGCCAGUGACCAUGAAGCAGGAGAACCUGAACUAGCUGAAUCUCGUGAUACACAUGAAUAUGACACAGAUAUAGAAGAAGGCACAUAUGAACCACUAGAACCAGAUGUUAGUGAACUAACUCUAGAAGAUGCUCUAGUGCACGAAACAGAAACUUUUUCAGAAGGUGAAGAACAGCAAGAUUACGUGGAUGAACAUGAAAUGGAAAAUGAAGAUUAUAUUGAAACUCAGGAUACAGUUUCAGAUGGAGAACCUCUAAGUGAACAUUAUUAUGAAUCUGAAACCUUACAAGCAGAUCCAGUUGACCAUACUGAGCAAAGAAAUGAAAAUGAAGCAGAUGCUCCAGACUCCAUCACUGAACAUACUGUGUCAGAUGAGAGAGAACAUGAAAAAGAUCAUGCGAGUGGUCAACCUCGUGAGACAGAAGUUCCUCUUGAUGCUGAGGGUCAUUCAAAGGAUGAUCUAGUGGGGCAAGGUGAGAAAAAACCUCAGCUGAAAGAGAAAGCUAAGAAGAAGAAACCUAAAUUGUUCAAUAAAUUUGAUAAAGGCAUUAAAGCAGAGAUUGAAGCUGCAGAGAAGCUGCGUAAAAAGGGGAAAGCAGAAGAUGCUCUGAAAGCAUUUGAAACAUUAGUAAACAAAUAUCCCCAAAGUCCAAGGGCAAGAUAUGGCAAAGCACAGAGUGAGGAUGACUUGGCUGAGAAGAUGAGAAGCAAUGAAAUACUGCAGAGAUCCAUCAGCACCUAUGGAGAAGUCGCUAGUCUUCCCAAUGUCUCGGAUGAUUUGGUCAAACUGACUCUGAAACGACGAGCGGACAGGCAGCAGUUUCUUGGUCGCAUGAGAGGUUCACUGGUAACUUUACAAAAACUCGUCAGUCUAUUUCCUAAUGAUACUUCAUUCAAGAACAGCCUUGGAGUUGGUUACCUUUUAAUUGGAGACAACAGCAAUGCCAAAAGGGUUUAUGAGGAGGUCUUGAACCUUGCUCCUAAUGAUGGCUUUGCUAAAGUGCAUUAUGGUUUCAUCCUGAAAGCAGAGAACAAGAUUGAAGAAAGCAUUCCUUAUUUGAAAGAAGGUCUAGAAUCAGGAGACCCCGGCACCGAUGAUGGCCGCUUUUACUUUCAUCUGGGGGAUGCCAUGCAGCGAGUUGGAAACAAAGAGGCAUACAAAUGGUAUGAACUUGGCCACCAACGGGGUCACUUUGCAUCUGUCUGGCAGCGUUCUCUGUACAAUGUCAAGGGCAUAAGGGCUCAACCGUGGUGGUCAGCAAAAGAAACAGGUUAUACAGAACUGGUCAAGUCCCUAGAAAGAAACUGGAAGGUGAUUCGGGAUGAAGGGCUUGCCGUGAUGGAUAAAGAGAAAGGACUCUUCCUCCCUGAAGAUGAGAACUUGCGGGAGAAAGGUGACUGGAGCCAGUUCACCCUGUGGCAGCAAGGAAGAAAAAAUGACAAUUCCUGUAAGAGUGUUCCCAAAACUUGUGCUUUAUUGGAACGAUUCCCGGAGACCACUGGAUGCAGAAGGGGGCAGAUCAAAUAUUCUGUCAUGCAUCCAGGGACUCAUGUCUGGCCUCACACAGGACCUACUAACUGUAGACUGAGGAUGCAUUUGGGUCUGGUGAUUCCAAAAGAAGGCUGCAGGAUUCGGUGUGCUGAAGAAACCAGGAGCUGGGAAGAAGGGAAGGUUCUCAUCUUUGAUGACUCAUUUGAACAUGAAGUUUGGCAAGAUGCCGAUGCUUAUCGUCUAAUAUUCAUUGUGGAUGUCUGGCAUCCAGAAUUAACAGCACAGCAGCGACGCACCCUUCCAGCCAUUUAAGGGGUGCUCUUUCCAGUGAGCUAGAAGCUUUCCUCUUUGAAGUCUAUCUUUUGCAUUGAAAAUUCUAGCCUUAUACAAACUGAACAAUAGAAAUGCUUCAAAGCAACCUACCCUGUGUAUUAUAAGAUUUUACAGCACUGAUCUGAUAGCUCUGUAAUCAUGCUGCAAGAACAGAUACCUUGAACUGUAUCAGCCAAAGAACUUCCUAUGUCAGUGUUUUGUUGUGCCUGUAUUAUAAAUACCAGUGCUUUGGCAUACACUCAUUGUACUCCUCACGUUACUACUAAAACUUACGUGCUGAUGUGAUGAGUGUCGCCUUCCAGAGCCCGUUAAUGUACAAUUUCUAUUGUUUAAAGGAAACUUGCAAAGCUAAAGUGCUUGAUGGAUUGUAUCCGACAUCACUGUCUACAUAUCCAUCCUGGAAAGGUCACUCAUAAGCACUUACAUGCCUGCAAUUUGGAAUUUGUCACAGUAUCAUUUGGAUCUACUUUGAUGAAUUUUUAGGGUGAUCUGUAGAUAAUAUGAGUGGAUGGGUUUACAUUGUAUUUUAAUAGAUAAUUGUAUUUUUCUACUACAAAUGUAUAAACUCAUUUUUGCUCUUUAUGAACCACUUUCUUUUAGUUUGUUUUGCAAGAAUGGCACCUCAUAGCCAUUUAGUUAAGCCUUAUAUGAACAAUGCUUUGUUUUGUGAAGUAUGGUUUUUUUCUUCCAAAUGGGAAGGCAGACAGUAUUUUUCCUAUGCUCCACUGGUACUUAAGGAUAUUUAUAUUUGAAGCUUUAGGUGCACUGAGUCUUCCAAAUAUAUGUAGCUUCUGCCUCCCAAGUUUGCUGGGAAUCUAUUUUAGAAUCCCAAAAUACAACCCUAUGUUUAAAUGGGAAUCGCACAUACUGUGUUUGGAUAUGCUAUUGUCCUUUUAUCUCCAGCCCUCUGGGGGAGCAUCUCUGUUCUUCCACAUUUGCAGAGGUUAGUGCUACAUUAAUUUUGGAGGACAUUCUGCAGGGCAUAGUCAAUACUUUUAGCUGGGAACAGUUACAGUGGGGCAAAUUCUGUUUUGGUAUGUGCACCUUCUGCAGCAGAGAAAUGGUUUGUGUGGGAAGAAUCACAUUUGAAACAUUAUGCUUCUAGUGUUAUACAGCCUUUACAUUUUCAGCUUCUGCCAGUUUUCUUUGUUGCAUGGGUAUGUGUUAAAGAAAGUAAACCAUGUGGUUGGGGCACAUGCAGUGACCUCAACCACACCAGCUCCAUCCACCUGAAACAGUAAGAGAGGAAUGACCCUUUUAUUCCUAUUCAGUGAAAAUUGGUUAGGUUUGUUUGUAUUUUCCUUUCACAUUCACACUGUGAGUGCCAAGCUCUUUACUUGUACCACCCCUUGUUGCUCUCAGUUUCCUCUACAUUUUUCCCAUUUCCUUUUUGAAUUAUUAAAAUGGGAUGAUCAUCUGGUGCCUAAGGUCAGGAAGCCUUUGGUUAGAUUCUCUAAACUGGCCAACAGUAUUCUUGUAAUUCACAGUUCGUGACCCAAUCAUACGAUAGCUCUGAUUUAAUGCAUUAUAGUAUAUAUUAGAUAGAUUUUGUAGAACUAAUUAUUUGAAAUGUUUAGAGGUAAACUAUUGUUAAGCUAAGGGAAGCUGUUUGGUCCCAACUUGCUUAAAUAGUAUUUUUCUAAUGAAACAAUAUAGGCAGUAUUUUAUAAAGAUUUAAUCCGGAGGUUGUUCAGUUUCUGUGAAUGGAAAGAAGUCUUAUGAAGAAUAUUUCUAAACAAUUGCCUUAAACUUUUCAAAGUGUAGAUUUAAGACUUAAAAUGAAAACAUGGAAAGGCAGUUGUAUUUGGGGAAACAGAAACUAUGAUUUUCAGUAGCGCUGAGGAUUUUGGCAUUCUUCAGCAUUGUUUUCUCUCAAUUUUGCAAAUAAGCAGGAAUCAGGAUGAUGUGACUGGAAAACAGAAUGAACCAAUCUUCUCCUAAUGUUCACCUACAAGUAUCAUGUUGCCCAGUCUGUGUUGUGGUAUAUUGUACUGUUGUGCAUUAAACA